AUGGACCUGUCCGAACAUUUCACUAACAUAGUGUGCAAGUCCUGGCUGCCUACUGCCCCUUAUUUCGAGACGAGGGUGGAAAAUGACCUCCAGAUCUUACCUAUCACCGGCUUCCUGAACGACGGCAAGGCGGGCGUACGCACCUGCGACGAGCUGAGAUACGAUGGUCAACUGGAGGUCGAGCCCAGUUGGUAUCUUGAAGAUGACCUUGUUGAGAUGGCAACAUCAUUACAAGACCACCCCAUGAUUGAUUAUUCUGGGCAGGACAGUAGUUGGACGUUUGAAGAAAAGGUGGCCCACACGUGGGCGAGGUUGGCUGGGUCCAGUGUUUGGCUAGAGAAAUACCAGGUGUUCCUGAGCAUCACGAGGGUUAUAUUCUACGACAAAGGGGUCAAGCAUUGGCCAGCCAUCAGCUUUCUCCGGGGCCAGCUCUAUGACGAGGAGUGGAACGAGUUGAAGAACUAUACCAUCUCAUGGCGCGGCGCCGAUAUCGUGUUUCCCACCGUGUUCAAUGUGCCAGCACCCUACGAAGUCGGCGGAGGCUUCUACGGGCCAGAAGACCCUCGAAUCAUCAUCGAGCAGGGCGUUGAAGAUGCCGAGCCCAUUGUGGUGUUCAACAUGCUCAGCGACCUGAAGACGAUGAUCCGGGCAAUGUACAUUUUCCAACCAUUUUCCAAUGUCACCACCAUCUUGAGUAUCACAGGACAGAAAGAGAGAGCGCCAGCGGAGAAAAACUGGGCACCUUUCUUUCAUAAAGAGCAGGAAACAACCAAGUCAGGACAGACGAAAUGGCCGAGCCGGUACAUCCAUUUCAUCCACAGUUUCGGUCCGCUGACCAUCCUCAAGUGUCAUGUCGGCAACGGUUGGUGUGACAUUGUGUACGAACAGCAGACCACCGAGGGAUUGGCAGGAACCCAUCAUGACGACCACGGACGCAUAAGCGGAGGCACGAAUCUGGUACCUAUGCCGCUCAAGUCGAAAUCUGGAGCACAUGCAUAUGUCGGGUUUCCUAGGUCGCAUAUUGACGUGGGCUGCAAGUCGGUCGCGAUGUACCGACCAGAGCUACUGGUCCUCACUGCGUACGGUGACGACUUUUACCUGAAUUUCUUGUCGGAUUCAAUCGAUUUUGGAGACGCUGCCAUCCCACCCGCGGGUCUUUCGGACCCUUGUGGGGAAGGGCACAUCCUGAUUACCAACAGCAUUGCUAAGUGGGAUCAUUCCAGCCGCAAAGAUGAGAUGACCAUCUCGUUCUCAGUUGCCGACUCCACCGUGCAAAUCUUGCGGUUACACGGGGUGUACAAGCUCCUCAAACACUUGCCGUAUCUUGGCGCCACUCUUCAGCGGGACACGUCCCAGGAUGGGGAGGUGAUUUGGGAUUUGCGAUGGUCGGCCGUGGCCAAGGAUGUUAUUGCCUGCUCGGUGGAAGCUGCGCAGAACUAUUCGAUAGCGGUGGGUGCUCCUUUCAAAGGGAGAGCACAAGGCGAAAAGGACGAGGAUGAACAGGAAGAUGAAGCCACCAAGGAGGAAGAUGAUGCGAGAGACGACAAGGCAGACGAGGGCGGCAAGAUGGUGAUCGAGAACCUCUGGGAUUAA